GAGGGGGGGGCAGGUUUGCGCUUCCGGGCCGGCGCCGGGGCCGAUCCCAGCCCCGGGAGGGGAAGGGGGCAAAAAGCUUUCAGACGUUACAACCUCAGAGGAAAAGCAGAGAACAAAGCCACCGACCCCACUUCCUCCCGGUGCAUGGUGCCGUUAACGUGACAGCGGGACAGCCAUGGAGAAGAGUGGGAACAUUCAGCUGGAGAUUCCUGACUUCAGUAACUCUGUCCUGAGCCACCUGAACCAGCUGCGCAUGCAGGGCCGCCUGUGUGACAUCGUGGUUAACGUGCAGGGGCAAGCUUUCCGCGCUCACAAGGUGGUGCUGGCUGCCAGCUCGCCCUACUUCCGCGACCAUAUGUCCUUGAACGAAAUGAGCACAGUUUCCAUUUCUGUCAUCAAGAACCCAUCUGUUUUUGAGCAGCUCCUUUCCUUUUGUUACACCGGUAGGAUAUGCCUGCAGCUGGCUGACAUCAUCAGUUACCUAACGGCCGCCAGUUUCUUGCAGAUGCAGCACAUCAUCGACAAAUGCACGCAGAUUCUCGAGGGAAUUCACUUCAAAAUUAACGUGGCAGAGGUGGAAGCGGAGUUGAGCCAGACCAGGACAAAGCAUCAGGAGAGACCCCCGGAGUCUCACCGGGUGACGCCAAAUCUCAACCGUUCCCUGAGCCCUCGUCACAACACCCCGAAAGGGAGCCGCCUGGGCCAGGUUAGCACAGUGCUGGACAUCCGGGAGCUCAGCCCGCCGGAGGAGUCCACCAGCCCCCAGAUCAUCGAACAGAGCUCGGACGUGGAAAGCAGGGAACCCAUCCUGCGGAUCAACAGAGCGGGACAGUGGUAUGUCGAGACGGGAGCGGGAGACCGCGGCGGACGGAGCGACGACGACGUCCGGGUGCUGGGAGGAGUGCGCAUUAAAAUGGAGAACCUGGAGGAGUGGCUAGGGGCAGAGAAUCAGCCGUCAGGAGAAGACGGGAGCAGUGCUGAGGAGGUCACAGCGAUGGUGAUCGACACCACGGGCCACGGAUCAAUGAGCCAAGAGACUUACGCGUUAGGGUCCUCAGGGGCCAAAGCAGUCAGGCCGACCAGCAGUGAGAUUGACAGAUUUAGCCCUUCUGGCAGCAUGGUUGCUGUGACUGAGCGGUACAGAUCAAAAAGCGAGUCUCCCGGGCGGAUGGAUGAGCCCAAGCAGCCCAGUUCCCAGGGGGAAGAAUCACCCAUGAUUGGAGUGAGUGGUUACGUGGAAUAUCUCCGGGAGCAGGAAGUUUCAGAGCGCUGGUUCCGGUACAACCCACGGCUCACCUGCAUUUACUGCGCCAAAUCCUUCAACCAGAAAGGCAGCCUGGACCGGCACAUGCGGCUCCACAUGGGCAUCACGCCUUUUGUCUGCCGCAUGUGCGGGAAGAAGUACACCCGCAAGGAUCAGCUGGAGUAUCACAUCCGCAAGCACACAGGCAACAAGCCCUUUCACUGCCACGUCUGUGGCAAAAGCUUCCCUUUCCAGGCCAUCCUCAACCAGCACUUUCGCAAGAACCACCCUGGCUGCGUGCCUCUGGAGGGGCCUCACAGCAUUUCCCCCGAGACCACUGUCACGUCUCGGGGGCAGGCGGAGGAAGAGUCUCCCCCGCAGGAGGAAGCUGUUGCCGUGGGGGAGACGGCACAGGGCUCUGUGUCCACCACUGGGCCAGACUGAAAUGCAGCGGCAGGGUCUGGGGAGGAAGGACCAUCUUCCCGUUUUGGCUCUAGAGAGUCAGCACCAACCUGGCAGGCUGGUACUGUAAUUAGUGCAAUGCCACCAUUGGACAGAAAGAAGCUCCCAAGAUGUUGCCAAAAUAGAAAAAUCUUUCUCUCUCUCUCUCUCUCUCUCUCUCUUUCUCUCACAAGCCCCCACAAACAUAGUGUUAAAGGUUUUUCUCCCUUAUUCCUCAUCUUCUUGGGGAAAAACAAGACAACUGUGUCAAUCAACUUCUUAUUCAGGGAUCGACAGGAUUUCAAAUUUUUGUAAUGUUCGAUAGCGAUCAUCCGGGACAAGCAGUCCUUUUUAUUUCUCAAAAGAUUGUGGCCCAGCUGCCAAUUCCUGCCGGCGCAGAGCCAGCGAGCCUGGCUGCUCCUCGCUGUGCCUUCUGGCCCGCAUCAGAGGGGCAAGCAGGGGCGAGGGGCAGUUGCCUUUCUCCCUUUCCCAGGUAGUUGCCACGUUAAAGAAAACAAACAGACUGUCCUAGUGGAACCUGCCUUGCCUGACUAUAUUUAUCCCUGUUUUAUUUUUGGUGUGUCUCUUUUUACAUUUUUAUGUAAACUAUUAUUUUAGGGCUUUUGGCUUGCCCGUUCCAGGCGUGUGGCCUCCUGCCCCGUGUUAAAAGCUGGCACGGCUAUGAAGCAGUAUUCUAGAGGUCAGCAAAAUUUGAAGCACUUAGGCUACUGUAAGUGAAAUUUAGCAGCUGUGAGGUUUGCGUCACUCUAAUGUGUGGGGAGAAGGUUUGGAGGGGUCUUUCGGAGAGGGUUGUCCUCUGCUGGUGCUGAUCUGGAGAGUUUGGAGCGCUCCAAUUUCCUGACCGGUGCGCUGCCGUGCUUCAGAUGUUGCCAAGCUUUAGGAAGAGGUUUGUUUUCUGGCUGAAUGGAGGAGUUAGAGGCUGGCUACCAAAGUCGUCCUUCACCCCAGCUCCCCCCUUGACACGCACUUGAUCUUUUCUAACAGCAAUAUGGUUUACUGAGAUACUGUAAUCCCAGCCAAGCAAUCAUGGGUGGUUGCUUUUGAACAUGUUUCUACAAACUAGUUUGAUAACUUUUUUAUUGCUGAAAUGAAAAAAGAAAACCCUACUUUAUUUCCUCGUAAAGGUUCAGGAAACUUAAUAUCAGUGGUUCCUAGAGCAAUCACAACUCUGUCCCAUUGCAUGGACUUAAACUUUUGUAUUCUAAGAAGCUCUGAUGUUUAGAGCAAGUUUAGCAAACCUGGAGAGACAUGCCUGUGUUGUGUAUUGUAGGUGUCUGCACGUGCUUACGUGUUUCCUAAAUGGAAAAGCAUGGGACAGGUAGAUAAGUGCAAAUAUCUUGACAUCUUCUGAAGAAGUCUUUUUAAAAAUAUGCAAUACUUUAAGAGUUUUCUUUGGUUCUGUUGCUGAGUUGUUCAUGAUGGAAGGGGAAAAUGCACGACAGGUUGUGCAGAUUGGGUUUGGGAGAGGACAUUUGGUUGAAGGGAUUCUCUUUAGGAUGUUUAAUGUGUGUCUUAGGGAAGGAUGAAGUUCUGAUCCUUAGGAUGGUGGGAGGAACAAUGAGACAUUGAAAAAGAAACACAUUCCAGCUUGCUUUCGCAAAGAAAGCUGGACAAGUGGUUACAGCGUGGCCUUGGCAGGCAGGAGGCUUUCUGAGUGCAAACAAAGCUUAUCCUGCUGUCUGCCUGCACAGCUUUGGGCACGGGAAAUACUUCCUGGCCUCGCUUUCCCCACCUGCAAACUGGGACUUGUGAUCAUUUUCCUGUCCCUUUAGAGGCAAGAAUUUGGAGAAGGGUGAAGCAGUCUUGCCCACCUUCCACUUUGAACAGGCGAAGGGUCUCGCUGUUCCUCCCACGUCUCUCUCAAAAGGCAGACGUGGCUCUGAUGCUGUGGUGUGCGGGGAGGGGAAGGGCUUGGUGCCAGGAUCAAGUGCACCAGGGACAUGCUCCUAAGAGAGGAGCCUUGGCAGGUGUUCUGAGCAGGGCACCUGCCCAGUGCAAGUUCCUUGACUGUUUCAAACAGGAAAACUGAUAUCUCCCCUUCCAUUUUCCUUCUGUCCCUUCUUCUUCCGCUCCUGUCAAGUGCAUCGUCACGCAGGGGAUGAUGUUCUGAGCAGCCAACCAAGGGACCAGCCCCGUUCAGUUUCCUGUCAAAGGUCAAACAGUAAGGUUGCCAGAGAGUAGUCGCAGAAGAUGAGAGGUAAGAGGGUGGCUAAGGUAGGUUUCGUUGCAAUCGAGGUGUGGGGAGGAGCGGAGAUAUGCAGAGUAUGCUGCUUUAGUCAUAGCUUUUGAAGUUACCAAAAAUCAUUAAGAAAAAAAGUUAAA